AAACAAAUUCAAUGUAGAGCGGCUGCAAGACCGAUAGAAAGUAAAUUGGUAAUGUUGACGAUGUAAAUUUGGAAUUAUUUACAAAUAAGCCUACUCUGAACAUUGUUAUCGCUGUUAUAUUGUUCGAAAAUGGCCACCACAGCAAUGCGAACACAGACAUUAACAGGUUCAAUUGCCACGGAGCCAAUUUUAAACAUGAAACUAACGGUUCCUGUACCUCCUCAAAAAGGAGCACCAGGGAAAAUAAGAAACAGACUUCGUUUAGAUCCAGCGAGGGCAUUAGAACCUGCAAGAAAAAAAAUAGCUACGGUUGAAGCGCAGCGUGUUAUGUCAGUAUUUGAGGAUACAAUACAAAAAAUAGAAAUUUCCUCCAUGAUCCCAUAUAUUCUUGAAAAUUUGGACAGAUUUAGAAUUAGCUUUGGUGCAGAGCUGUGCAGCUUGUUAGAUAACCACAGUAUAAUAAUCGGUAGCUACAAUGAGAUAAAAGAACAGCUUGACAGGCAAAUGCAACGGAAUAGAAUACGAUCAGCCAGUUCUGUCAGAAGUGAUGCAUCACAAGAUCAACAAAAUGAGACUAAUGAAACUCAACCUACUGAAGAUGAUGGAGAUCAAGUUUCAAAUUAUGAUGGUCAAAGUCCUCCACAGAGCCCUGUUAAUAAGCCUCCAUCCAGAGGUAGUAGUGCAAGCAGUCGAAGAUCUAAUCCUUCUGUUGCUAGUUUUGACAGUCAAACAGAACGUACAAUGCGAAAUUUGAGUCUUGUAGCUCAGCAACUUAGUUCUUCGUGCAAAAACAUUCUCAGACAAUUUCAGAUAAAUGGGACUGCAUUUAAUUCUGUGAAGACCCACUUUCAUGCACGACCUAAAGAGAGUACCCAGCUUUUAUCUUACAUGAAUGAUUUAAGAGAUAUCUUGCUAAAUAAACUGUUAACAACACCUGAAGAAGAGAAAGAACGAAUGGCUUACAUCCAGGAAGUUUCUGAAAGAGAGAGAAACAAUGCUACUAUUAUUGCAAAGAUGGAAGAGGAACUUGACGCUGCAGUUGCAGAUAAGGAAGAGGAGAUGAAAAAGAAAAAUGAUGUAAUAAAGAAGCUACAGACAGAGUUACAACAGAUUAUAAACUUUUCCAAAGAAAAUAUAGGAAGGAUUAAGAAUGAACAGGAUAAACAAGAAUCAGCUGAUAAAAAGAACCAUGAAGGAAAAGUACAAAGGCUUCAGAAUGAAAUAGUACAACUAAAAACCCAGCUUCAAAACCUUGUAUUGGAGCAUAGAGAAAAGGAACAAGAUCUAAGAAGGAUGAAGUUUAAGGUGGAGUCACAAGUUGAAGGUUUAAUUCAGAAAUAUGAUGGUGAAAUGAAUGAGAGACAGGAGGAAUAUGAAGAAAUAGAAGCUGCAUAUAAUGCCCAGAAGAAACAGUUAGAUGAAGUGGAGGAAAGAUUUAAAACUAUGUCAGCUGAGUAUGACCAGAUUCAGGAGGAGAGGAGACUGGCUCGUGAGAAACGUGAAGCUGCUGAGCGUGAGAUGGCUCUCAUGGUCAAAGCUGCCACAACAAUCCAAGCUUUCUGGAGAUCAUUCAAAGUCCGUAAAGCCCUUAAAGCAAGGAAGAAGAAAGGAGGUGGCAAGAAAGGAAAGAAAUAGACUAAAAAAUAAAGAACUUUAUGUUUUUGAAGACUUUUCAAGAAUUGUAAAUUGAAUGAAAGAAUUACAUUACAAUUUCAUUGAUAGAGUAUGACAGCUACCUAAUGAAUAUUUAUUGUCCCAGUAUUCUAAUACCUUGAUUUUAUGACAUUAACCUUCUACUGAGAAUCAGUGCUCUUCAAAUCUGUAAAUAUAUCUAUGGGAGCUUUUUUGUGUACACUUAUGAAAUGUGAUGAACACAUAAAUUUGUAAUGAUAAAAUUUUUUUUUUUUUUCUCUUCCAAAAGAUUUAGGAGUCCUAUUCAUAUAAGCCUAUGCACCAAAAUUUGCUACUGUAAAACUGCAUUGGUGAUAGAAAGUAAAAUAACAAAAAUACCGAACUCCAAGGAAAAUUCAAAAUGGAAAGUCCUUUAUCACUUAAUGCCAAAAUCAAAGCCUCAAACACAUCAAAUGAAUGGAAAACAACUGUUAUAUUCCUGACUUGGUACAGGCAUUUCCUUAUGUGGAAAAUGGUGGAUUAAACCUGGUAUAUUGCUACAUUGUGUAACUAAACUUCUCAAUGCUUCGUUAAGUGUGGAAUUAGUCAUGGGUUAAAUCUGAGCUUUGUUCCAAAUAUAGACCUGUAUUCAUAUGACCAUAUAAUACCUCCUUGUGUUUCUGAUCUACCUUUUAAAAUACAUGUACAUAUCAUUUACUUCAAGUGUACAAUUUUGCUAAAACUUGUAUAUUUAAGUUAGAUAUUAAAAAAAUUAGUACUAUUUUAAAUCUCAAAACAAACAACCUAACUUCAUUUCAUGUUACUUAAGGUUGCACUUCUGUAAAUAUAGACAAUGCAAUUUCCCAUAGGAACUCCCUUUGCGGCUAAAGCUGUGCCACUUUUACUAUGAAGUUUUGUAAAAAAUUAUUUCCUAGAAUGGAAAGUUGACAUGCACUACAUUUUUAUUCAAAGGUCAAAACAUAGGGCUGUGCGGCAUAUUUUCAACGUUUAUAUGCCCGAACUUAUAAGAGUUUAAACUUAAACUAAAAUUCUGUACUACCCCUACCUUCAUUUUGGGUCUUUCUGAGAAUUCAAUUAUCACCGCUUCAAUGUGUUUUUAUACUGGUAACAUUCCCAAGUUAUUUCUCUAUGAGAUGAAACAUAGAGAUCAUAUCUGGGAACCAGUACAUAAACAAAUCAAAAUAUCUAUGAAUAUUAUAUAUCUCCCCAAAAGAGGCGUGGCUUGUGAAACAGCUGUAUUUACAAAGUGUAACCUUAAAAAUGAAUGUGCAUUGAGAAAAAAUUUGAAUAAUGCAUGUCUGCAGUAUAGUAUUAUUUUAAAACUUUAUUUAAAUUUCACUUGACAAAAUUUCCAGUUUUCCCAACCUGUAAAUUGAGGUUUACAAAUUUCUGGUAUUGUCAUUUUUCAUUUAUUAUUACAUGAGUUAAAUUGGCUUUCUUUGUGCAUUUGGAAAUAAAUACAUGAAAAUAA